AUGAACAAAGUUUUUAAACAAAAAUCUCAAUCAUGCAAAGCAAUCAAUAAUCAAAAUCAAGUUUUCGUAUUUGGUCAUCGUAAUCCAGAUACAGAUGCUAUUGUAAGUGCAUUGGUCUAUGCUGCCUUUCUUCGUCGUAUGAAAAUCAAUGCUAAAGCUUAUCGUCUUGGGAAUCUCAAUAAAGAGACGCAAUUUGUACUUAAAACAGCUGGUAUUCAACCACCUAAUAUGUUACCUAGUGAUCUAGCGAAUGGUACUGCAGUUGCUCUAGUCGAUCAUAAUGAAAGUCAACAAUCAAUGGAAAAUCUGAAAAAUAUGCGUGUAAAAUACGUUGUUGAUCAUCAUAAAUUAGGUGAUUUAACCACAUCGGAACCUAUCUAUAUUCGUUUUGAACCAGUAGGAUGUACAGCAACAAUAUUAACAAAAAUGUAUCGUGAAAAUCAACUACGUAUAAGUCAAAAGAUAGCCUUACUUCUUAUCCCUGCUAUUCUUAGUGAUACACUUCAUUUUCGAUCAUCGACGACAACCGAUGAUGAUCGUUCAAUGGUUGAUUAUCUGCUACCAAUUGCUAAAAUCACUGAUGUUAACUCGUAUGCAAAUGAAAUGCUUAUUGCUAAAAGUAAUUUAAGCAACUAUACAAUGCGAGAAGUUCUUCUCGAUUAUAAAACUUAUACAUUUAAUAAUCAAUUAUGGGGUAUUGGUGUAGCCGAAACAUUUUAUCCAAAUAAUAUACUUGAACGAAAAGAUGAAUUACUUCAAGCAAUGAUUGAUGAAAAGAAAACACAUCAUUUAACUGAUAUUCUUUUCUCGAUUAUUGAUAUUGUCAAAGAACGAAAUUCUAUGAUUAUUCUUAGUGAACCAGAAAAAACUGUUGUUGAAAAAGCAUUUAAUGUCACUAUUCAAAAUGGAAUUGCUGAUUUAGGCUCAAGAAUCAGUCGAAAGAAAGAUAUUGUUCCUGCACUUGAACUUUAUUUCAAAACAAAUACAUGA